CGCGCUGUCGCAGCAGCCAGCAGCCGUCGCCAGUGUACAGUCGGUUCCCCUACUGUGCGAAGCGUGUAUUUUGUUCUCUGCGUCGUCUCUCCGCUUGGCUUUAUUCUUUUUUUCUUUCUUUCUUUAUAACUCGAAUCCUUCUUCUAUUCUGUGUCUCUCGUCCGCUGUCGCUUGGGAGAAGGAGAGGCGAGAAAUCUCCGAGUGUCGCCGCAACGGUGCCAAGUGGCGGAGCGCUCGCGCCUUCCAAGACGUCGGCUAGCCGACGGACCGGACGACGGCGUGGUGAUUGUGUGCGUGGCGUCGUUGCGACGUGCCGCUGUCCUCCGUGCUCGAGUACGUCAGCGCCGUGGCUUCGUUUUCGUUGGAUAUCCGGAACUUGCGGCGAACCUGUUUGGUACAGCUUGUACCAGCCGGCGCAACUGACCACUCCACCAACAGUGACCGCCGGUGGCCCCACAUAAUGCGUCGGACGACUUGACGUAUAGCGGAAAACACGGUGUCAAAAAUCAUAAAGCCUUAGGGGACCUGACCAAGUUCAGCCAACUGAAAGAGCACUACCGGACGCGCUACGAACAUGCCCACUGCCUCUUCACGCCGGACUCGAGGCCCCAGCGGGUGCGCCAGCUGUACGAGCACGCGGCGGCCACGCCGGCGUUGCACGUGAUCCGCGACGUCGUCGCAGACGAUGGCGCCGAGAACUCGCCCCGCAGGCUCUUCCUCUGCAUGCCCGUCUGGGGCGACGCCUCGCGAGCCAGGAACGUACUUGACAUCGAGACCAGGAGGCCCGCGAGCUUGGUUACGGCUGGCCAAGAUGCACAAGAUAGUGGAGGAGAGGAGCCGUUGAUGCUGCCGUCUCCCGAGGAGAAAAUGCACGCUCUGUCCUUGGAGUACCCACCCGUCGUGGUUCCCAUCGACACAUCGGAAAGCAGUUUCAACCGCUUGUCGUCAGUGCGGAGGUCUUUGAUACAUGUUGACUUCCUGAUCAAGCGCAAGAAGCAUCACAAGAGGAGAAACACAAUCUCGGACGGGAACUCCAAGGAGAUCGCAGAGGCGCUCACGAGCCGCAAGAAGUCUGGCACAUUGGUCAAGACUGAAGCCCUGAUCCACAGCUCGUGCCAGACCGACGACGACCUGCUCCAGACGGCGACCGGCGCCAAGUCUAGCGGGCGAAGCGGCGGCGGUGCCUCCAGCAAGCGCCGACCCGAGGAGAGCCCUUCAUCCGGCGAGCUUUCGUCCUCGUCGUCCACGACGACAGAGACGAACGUUAACAGCAAACCAGAGAAGCGGCUGUCCUUCUACGAGGCCAUGAACUUCAGCAGGCUCGGCCGCGACUGGAAGUUCCUCAAGAAGUCCGGCAAGAACAAGGAGGCAGACAGUGGAAGCCACGGCGGGACGGCAAAAAACGAGGCGGGCAGGGCGGCGGAGAGCGGCACGUCCACUGGCGGGAGUGAGAAGAAGAAGCGGUCGUCCCUGCUGCCCAUAUCGACCAACUCCGGCGCGAUGACGGUGGCAGUGAAGCUGCGCGAGACAUCGGCCCGGACGUCGGCCAAGGGCGGCGAGGAUGGCCAGUCAUCCAGCGGGAACUGGAGUGCCAGCAGUAGCACGCGGGCCUCUGUCGAUUCUGACCAGCACCAUUCGUCGGGGCCAUCCCCCGACAUGAUCCCGCACAGUCACUCGGAAAGCUCUCUGGGCAGAGACUCGCUCUUCUCGGACAACACGCAUCACAGUACCGAUGGGAGGUCUCACGACGGGACAACACCAGGUUAUACAUCGGAUGUCUCCGUUGCCCUGACCGCAACAACACUAGCAUCGUCUUGGAAGCACCCUGGCCAGGGCCCACUGACUACCCGCUCUAACAUGAAUUCCACCUCAACUGAUCAAGAAAGCCACUCGGGCACCAUAACACCGGAAGCAUGUCAUUCAGAUUCCAAAUCGUCUUCAUCACCCGGAACGAGAAAAAUCAGCGUUGGGUCGGACCCAUUUACUAAUCCCAUCGACGACGGCGACUCCUCGGUGUACUCAGUCGACACCGACGGUUAUUACACCUCAAUGCAUACCGACAGUGGUCUCAAACAUGGCCUUGCCAAGUUUCCCAGUGAACAGAACGGAGACCUUGCUGCUUCUGGUGACAGGGGAUCGCAGACAUCUAUAGACACAAUCGGAAACCUGAGUCUUAACAGCUUCUUAUCGCAGAAUGCAACGGACACUGCAACUGACAAUUGCUCGAUCGCAAGCACUCUUACGCAGAGGUCCAAGGCACCACCUCUGCCCCCGCCGAGGCUGUCCAGCGUGAGGACCCUGUCACCGAUUCCUUCACAGAAGGAGAGUUCCCCACCAGUUUCCGCUGGUGAUAUAUCGGAAUCGGACUGCGAGGUUGGUGAACGGCUCCGGAGGAAGACGUCCAUUAGCUCGUUUAGGUACCCUUCCAUAUGUGCGGUGUCUCCCGAACCCAGUGACGAGGACAGCUGCCGUCUCGAUGCAGAGAAGCGGGCGUCUGGCCAGAACUCUCCAUUGUCCGAGCCUAACGUGUCCCACGCUGCAGAAGCAGCAAGUGAACUGCCCAGUACACCUUCUGGCACUGUACCUGUAAAGGCAGCAGAAGCAAAACAGCAUGCCAGCACAGUCAAAGAGGCAGACGAACCCUCUGCGAGACUCAACAUGUAUGGUGUGCAGUCCGUGCGCGAUGUGCCAUUUCUCAACACACUCGUCUCCCAACCGAAUGCACCUCCCACCCCCCAACCACAACCUGUGCUGGGUUCGUUCUCAUCCGCCGACGGCGACCACGUGCAAGGUGUGUUACCUGGCACUUCAAACAGAAGUGACCUUAAUGCAAGAGCAUCGAGGUUGCCUCAGAGUAACGAGCGAAAGCAAAGUCCCAUUCAUGCACCAGUCAAAGUGACGAAUAAGAAAGAGGCUAGUAAAAGUCCCCAGGCAAGAACUGCACCAGCGCUGCAAGGUGGCACGGCAACUGCAACUUCUGGCAGGAAGGAGCAGACAGGAGCCGCAAAAGCGUCUGCUAGUCCUCAGACUGCGCAAAUGCAUAAGCAAAAGACUCCAUCGCCCACUUCCUCCCCAUUUUUCCUGAACAGACCAUCCUCACUUAUGAGCAAAACACGAUCACCGUUCCUCUCCUACCUGUCUAAAAACUCUUCUCCCCCAAAGACCCCAACCACGCCGAGCCCGCCGUCACCUGCCAAGUCGGCAGGCCGCGACAUGAACGUCAAGCAGCUCACACUGAGCGGCACCAGCUGCAAGGUGCAAGACGCAACCCACUCUUCUCCCGAGCCUUCCAGUCCUCAGAGCAGCCCUCAAACGAGCCCGCAAACAACGCCCCCUGCCGUGCCCCCACCUCCACCUCCACUCACCUACAGCAGUCGGGUGCUUGAACAAGGUUCCACGAGACAGCCAAGUGCCAUCAGCGAUGCAAACAACGACUUUGCGCAGACACCUUCUUUCAGCAGGGCUGGUGCGAGAGUGACCCUAGAUUCCGAAGGCAAGGUCAUUUACAGUUCUAAUUCACUGGGCCGGCAUCGUGAUGGCUACACGAUGACAUCGGGAAGUGCUGGGUUGCCGGGAAAGUGCAUGACCUUACCUGCAUCGAUGCCUCCCACACCUGGCUCUAAUCAACGCGCUUACGUUCGGCUGGAUCCAAGCGGCAAGGUGGAGACGUACUCAAGCAGUACGAUUCCUAGGACCCGGUACUCCGUGUCAGGCGCACCUACGUCUCCCGACACGAGACCGCCACUCUUGCAGUACAGAGACGGAAUGUUUACAUUGAGCAGUCCUCCAAACAGUACUUCCACACCGAAUGCCAGGUCCCAGUUUCCUCUGUCUGGAAGGAGCACGCCACAGCCUGGUAUGUCGGGGUACGUUCACAGCAACGCGUCUGGCAGGAGCACACCUCAGCCUGCCAUGUCGGGUUAUCCAAGCAGUCAUUCGUCGGGUAGAACGACACCAGUUCAACGUCCUGCAUCCAUUUCAACUCCGUAUUCCAACAGGCCUUCUGGUACAAGCACUCCCAUCUCUGAAAACGGCUCUUCGGGUCGUGUGACGCCUCUGCAUCACUUUUCGCCCAUCAGCGUGCCAGCGACGACUUCGCCCGGGAGAAGAACUCCGCUGCAGCCUUCCCCGAGGGAACCGGUUGGGACCAAGUGGGUGUCGGGGUUGCCGGCUUCUCCACCAAAGUCAUCGCCUAGCCCCUCAAGUGCUGUACAGCACAUGCCACCUUCGCACAUAAUUCAGGCACCUGUAGCGCGCACUCAUCCUAGUGGCAGGACUACCCCGGUGCAUCAGCACUCGUCACCUACAAAUACCCACAUUCCAAGCCACGCUGCCUUCCCCGUAUCGCACAGUCAUAAUGGUGUCCCCAUUGCUUCCAGCCCGGUGUCUUCAUGGAACUCUGGUCAGGCCACACCGGUGUCUAGAAACACUGCUAGGAGCCCAACGCCAGUCAUGCACUACCAAACCCACGGCCACCGAAUGGAGAACAGUGCCGCUUAUGCUUCGGCACCAAGGCUCGUGCCGCCUCAGUCCUAUGGGCACGGUCCGCAUGACGGGCAUCUCGUCAACGGGAGGAUGACGCCAGUCGAUAUGCUGCACCACAAUUCUGCAAAUCAGUACAAUUUUACGGACAGGGUCACUUCGGGCAGGACAAUGCUUGAUCACCCAGAUGGAAGUGUACCGAGGAACCAGUACACUUCCUACAUACCUAGAGCUCCUUACCAGCCUGGCCAAUCACUGAUAAGGGGACCCCUUGGUCAGCAAGUCAGCAUGUCAGUGAAUGCAAGGGGAGGUGACCCUAGAAGUUUGAUUCCUAACCACGUGUCGGCAAAUGGCAUCCGGGAAAAUCAUGCUUACAGUCAGGGCGGGCCCUUACCUUACGGUUAUCGUUCUGCUAACUCUUCCCGGCAAUCGCCGGUGCCAAGGAGUCCGAUGAGCUCGACGCGACUGUUGACGCCCGACCAUGCCAGGACGGAAUAUGGGCAGUCAGUCCAAAAUCAGGUUCCUCCAGCCUCGUACGGCAUGGGUCCUAGAAGCCCUCCGCAGCCCAUUCACAACAUGCAGAAUUUGAGGCAACCGCAAAGCAUUCCUGGACCGGGUCACUUAGGAUCAAGGGAGGCUUACGAAAAUCAGAGACAGAUGCCAGGAAUGUACAUUCCAAGCUCGCCACAGAAUUCCUACCAGGGCAUCAACCAUGCCGUCAUGCCCAUGCCGGGCACAAUCGACUCGCCGUAUAGUUUGCGAGACCUUCGGAAGGAGGGUUCUCCGACGGCGCUGUCUUCCACGAGCCUGUCUAGUUCUGGAUCAGAAAAGUCCCCGGACAGCAGCAGCAGCACAUCAAUCACCCGUGAGCUGGCGCCACGCAAGCCAAUGUCCACCGAAGAUCUCUUUGCUGCCAUCCAUUCAUCCAAGAAAAAGCAUGGCAUCAGGACCGACGCAGACAUGGCUCAGUCACCCCUCUCAUCAAGAUCAAGUUCUCCACUGGUCGUGACCAGCCGCCCUAGCACGCCGAGCCGAGGUGGCAGUGGCCUCGCCGAGACGGGCUUCCUGAGUCCACGCGGCGCUCGCGACCGUCGCAGCUGGUCAGGCGACAUUGCCGCGGCCCGUGUCUGCAGCCCACUGGAACGGAGGUCGCUCGCGAACGACCGCCUGGGCCCGGCCAAACCCACGAGCCUACUCGACUUCAAGAAGCUUCUCCUGCAGACCAAGACUUCGAGCAGCCAGAACAACCUGGAGAGGAAGUCCGCCGUAGAACUUCUCAGGCCCGGCUCAGGUGGCAGGAAGGGCAGCGGCGAGGAUGCGGUGCAGUCGCUUCCGACGUCGCCCGUCAACACUCCGAGCCCCGUGGAAAGUCCGAGCGCCGGCGGCCAGGCUGCAUGGACCUCGACAGUGCCUUUGAAACGGGGCAGCCGAUCGCGAUCGUCGCUCCAGCAUCGCUACGACCUCAUGUACCCACCCAUCUUGGAGGACUGCCAAGAAGAAGGGGGCGAAGGGAACAGAACGUCGGCGACGGCGGACAGCAAGGGUGACAGCGAUAUGGGCGUCAGGUCGGGUGUUCAAACGCAUUCCUCACCUUCGAGCACCUGGGUAUGAGUGGCGGUGUGCGGCGUGAUCGGAAUCGGAUAAACUGGUGUUGCACUCAUGCCGGUGCUUUUAAGGUGUCUUUCUUUUAAAACCUGUCUUUAUUUUUUUCUCUUUCGAACUGACAGCCCGCUGUUGUCUAUAUAUUACUGCCAAGGUUGUGAUUGUAAAGUGUUACAAGAGAGGCAAAACAGAAAAAAAAAAAAAAAGUGUUUGGGACUGCUUCUGCCUUGAAACAAGGUGAUCACAUGUUAUGUUGACUUGGGGGCCUGUUUUUUAGCGAGCCUGUUUUCUGGGCUGCUCCGCUUCUGUUCUGGCUUUGCAAUUUCACGUUUUGUCCUUGAUGGGCGUACGCUUUGUCCUGCGAGGUAGCUCUUAAAGAUCUGCCGUAUUUAUCAUUUUGCAGCAUUAUCAAGCAACCGAAGGCUGCACUUUCGUGAAAUCUGCUAGACACUUAAUAAUCGUCGUCCACCCUUUAGUUUCUUUCCUGCUGCUUUUAGAGCCAAGCCCUGACGAUUUUAUCUUCCAACAUAGGUAGAGUACAAUCAGGUAUGUAUGCCGGUACAUUGGCCAAGAAAGUUGCUUUACUUACAGAAACCAUUAUUAUUCUACCUUCCUCCUUUUUUUUUGUAGCCCUAAUGCGUGAAAGAGUGGCUGACUUUGAGAAGUGCAAACACAUUUAUCGCAUCAUGCAUUGUCGUGGUUGGAGAUUAGUUGGUGUGCACACAUGCACAUAGAAUGCUUGAAUGCGUAUUAGUGUUCAUCUACUUGGCAAGUUUUAGUUCAUAUCAUUUUGUAGCGUGAAGAUCAUGCCGGUGUCAUAGUUUUUGUUUACAUAUUGUUCUGUGAAGUUUUUUACAUUGAAGUGCUUUUUUUUUUUAAAUAUAUUAAGUAUUAGGAGUGUAUGGUGCACAGAGCUAGAGUACGGGCUACUUCUUGCCUCUCAAUAGUUGCAUUACCGACAGGCACUCCAAUGGCAGAGUAAGCUGCUUCAUAUUUCCACACGCGCUUGUCACAACCACGUGACAAUACGCACUAAUAAUGAAUGAAGGAAGGGAAUUUUGAGUGCUCAUUUCUUUGCUUGACACAACCCUAAUGAGAAUGCGUCUGCUAGUUUUCAUUUAUCUGCUGGUUUUCAUGAAGGAUAUGCUCUAAUAGAAACACUUAUGAGCAAAACUGUAAAGUCGUUGCCUAAGACCAGUGGUUCUUUGUUACUGACCAUGUUGUUCUAGCCGCUUCAUUUGCUGGUACUAAAGGGGGUUAAUGUCACUACGGAAUUUAAAAAAAAAAAGCUAUGUUUUAUUGACUGUGUUAUCUUAACAGAGGCUCGUAUGAGCUUUGCUAUGUUGGACUGCCUGACGUUAAUGGUCUUUUGGAGCAUUCUUUAGUUGCGUUUUCGUGCUGACGCUAAUGCUUCUGUUUAUUUGCAACAGAGCUGCCAGGCUACGUAGCAUGGAGCACAGCCAUGCAUUCUAACUCCAUGGAUGACUGCUUGCUCUAGGCCCUUGAAGACACUUGCUAGCCAUGCAUUUUCCUAGCGUUUAAUGAACUGUGUAUAUAAAGCCAAUUUCUUUUACCCUUAUUUAUGCCUCACUGCGACUAGAAUGGAUUCCGGUGCUUGGUGUCGUGGAUAACUUCCUAUUUUUGCCAUAGUGCAGUGAAAUUUUUGAUGCAUUAUGUUUUGCUGUAAGUUUAAAUGUAUUGGUACGACGACUUGGAUUAGGAUCAGAGAUCUAUACAAACUCCUUGUGUGAAUACCAGUGAAAUACUUCUGCGAUUACUUCACCUGUGCUCGUUACUUCAGAAAGCAUCUAUGGUACCUAUGCUGACGAGUGAUGAUGAUGUUUCAACCCUACUUUCAACUCAGUGAAUUACUUUGUGCGUACGGCGACUGCCUGUUUGUGUGUUUUACGCAGUGUUUGGAUGCAGUUUCACAGUAGCUAUUGCACGAUGCAGUACUUCCAGUAUUGAAAGGUCUCAUUGCCCGUGGUACCUAAACGUGGUGGCCUGCAUUCUUUUUAAUUAUACAUAUGUAUUGUUUUUUUUUUCAUGGGAGUAGGUAACUCCUAAGGGGUAAAGCAUUAGGGUUAAUGUGCCUAAGGUAAUGCCUAAGUUGUCGUUCAUGACUUUCUGGGGGUGUUGAGUGCAACCUUUUCCAAGUACUGUUCGUGGCAGCUGUACAUUGCAUUAGCAGAAACUUCGUGCGGAGAGAAUACAAAGCACGUGACGUUUCGACUAAUGCAGUCUGCAGUUAAAGCCAGGUUCUAACUAACCCAGCCUGUCAUCUUUUAUUAUUUCCCACUGCUUCUGUAACUGUCGGUAGAGAAUUUUAGCUUGUCACUGCACUUCUUAAACCUUUGCGGAAUGCCAGAGUUACCGGAGACACGGACAGUGUAGCCAUGCUGGCAGCGCCAUCUUGUGAAGAUUUAUACAGCUACAGCGCAUUAUAAAUGGUCAUGUGUUACACAAACGCUCCUGUCGUGGGAAAGUUGUACAAGAAAUCGUACGAGAAUCAUCAACCGAAUGUUGAUGAUUAUGAGCAGGCAAGUAGAUUACGGUAAGUCGCUGCAGUGACAGCACUCUGCCCUUUCCGAUUAAACAACGUACCGCAAGAUGGUGCUCGCAACGUGACUGCUCACGUCUAGGUGUCCCGUAACUCGGGUGUUUCGCGAGAGGUGAUGCAUUCAACCGACGAGCUAAGCCUCUCUAGUGAGUCCUUUCACUUACGUUUAUCUCUCACGGUGAUGUGCCAUACGCAGCGUCAUUUCACUUUCGUUUUUUCGAGGGUUUUUUUCCCGCACGUCAAGCAUGUACUGCACCUCAUCGUCACGCUGAACCUAGUGUCACGAAACUAGGUGUGACAGUGUGACUUCAUUUAGCCUUUUCCCAGUAACCCACGACUGGUUGCGUGGAUUCCUUUUUUUUUUUUCAAGCAGGGACAUAGGACCAUGUGUGAGUGUGAUUGGAAUCAUCACUUCAAACUUCUCAUGCACUAGAUGUGGUGUGCGUGUGUCACUGCAAGGAUCAUGAAGAAGGAAGCUAGCUGGGUUGAAAAAAAAAAAUUCCGGCAGACCUUUGCUCGCGAAUGCCUGACUGGAAGCCACUGCAUAGCUUUUUCUCUCCUUCGUCUGCAUAUAUUUGCACAAUGGAUCAUGGUUUCAAGGAUGCCAAUGUUGUUUUUUUUUUGGUGCUUAGAACUCUGGUUUAUGUGACCUAUUACAGGCAUAACUUGGUGACUCUUGCGGCGGAGACUGUGUGAUGCUAUUUUGUUUAUUCGGCCAGUGUAGAAACUGCUUUAGGUUUCAGCACUGCGGAUUUCCUAUAAUCAUCAAGUCACUGUAUGCGUAUCAAGUCACUGUCACUGUAUGCAGCAACAUUUGUCCGAUUAAGAAGUGGUCACUGGCCUUUCACCUAUGGAAGCUCAGUGACCACUUAUAUCGACUUGUUGCACCGAAUUCCACCACCGAAAUUGACACUAAAACUUCGAGGAUAGGAGCGUUUAAAAAAAGUGGGGUUUUAGGUUGCGUAAAUGUAAUGAGUUGCAACUGUUACAAUUCCGGACAGUAAUGGCUUUGUGUCUUGUGUCUCCCACAGUUGCGACAUUAACAAUUUUUCUGUUUGUUCGAUGCAUUUAAGGUCAUCGCACACUCGCGUUAAAAAUGUUGCAGACUCCUCCGCAAGCACGGUCGCCAAGGUUACGUCUGCGCAUGCUCUGAUGGUGUAGGGGAGCCCUGUGCAUUUUCUAGUCUCGCCUCUGUCCUUUAAGCUUGCACACCUGCUGUAUGUCUGGACCUUCUCUGUCAGGAAGUUUCUACCCAGUGUGCCUUAGGAACAUCUUUUGCUUCGGGGAUAGCGCAUGUACGAAUGUUUAAGAAGUGACUUUCUAUCCUCGUUGAACAUUCUUGCUGGUUCUUUGCGAGCGAUGGUUUAAUAGUAUCUUUAUACUUGAAGUGCGAAACACAGGACUGAUAAAAAGAAAACACAAGAUGAACACACAGUGUGUUUACGGACACGAAACGGACACGCAGUGUUUAGACACACAAAAUGGGAGACACAAACGAACACACAAGGUGUUUACAAACAUUAAAGACAAAGUGUUUACAGACACGAAGCACUUACGGACACAAUACGAACACGCAUAGCAUUUACGGACACGAGUGCUCUGAUUGUCCAUUUUCUUUCCAUUAGUCCUGUGUUUCUUGCGUGUCAUGCAUAAGGAUGUUGCUUCACCUGCUAGCUUGGAUUUAGACCCUUGUUUGAUAGUAGCCACAUUUGCUCGAGCAGUUACAGGGGUAAGUGGGAAAAACUGCGAGAGACUCGCAGGACUGAUCCUGUGGUAGGGAUCGCCGUGAGCCCACAAAAGUGUACAUGGAUACAAACUUAUUUUUAUUACACAUCCAGGGUCUCGCUCUUCUCGGGUGGCAUUGAAUAUUGUAUGUAUAAUGUUAGAAGCAGUUGCUGUCUUCAGCCACGUGCGAAUUUGAUGUUUCACGAGGCGGCUGUGUCAAAGGUGAUGUCAGCUAUGUCCUUAGAAUCACUUUUAAUCAGCAUUAAAGAGCAUUUCAUACAUA